GUUUAACAGCUCGCCUGCAUUCCUCCUCUCUCUGAGAGCCUGGUCGAUACAGACAGAGAAAGAAAAGAGGGGACAGAGAAAACACAGAUUAUUAUACAGAACAACCCUGCUGGAUUUUUAUAAAUAAACCCGAGUCGGCUCACACCGGACACAUUUGACGACACCGGGGGGGCAACGAAAACAGAAAAUAACCACGUCAAGACUGCACCUUUGGACCUACAACCACGACAGGGGGAGGAAAAAAAAGGCUUGUUUUUCUUUUAUAAUGACGGGAGUUUCAGCGUUGAUAAGCCUGUGUAGGUCAGCUAUCGAAAAGCAGCUUUGUUGAAACAGCCGCGGCGGAUAUCUCCCCUUCAUUUAUAUAUAUAUAUUUAUAUAUAUAUGAAAGAGGAUUUGCAAGAUGGCUGAUGACAGCUACCCCUAACAAGGACAGAAAAAAGCGACGUCCCCUUUAAGAUUAGGAGGGUAUAUUUUUGUAUUUUAUCAGUUAAAUAUAUAAUUAUGACUACAGCUUGUGUUAAUAAGGCUCGUCCUUGUCUGGAAAUAGUGCAAAUCUAAGUGUUAAUCUGUACCUGUGCUGUGGUAGAAAAUGGUGAGGUGACGUCUGAGGUAACGUUAACGGUUAAUUUACGUUACGGUUUAAUCGAGAUAAGGAAGUAGAUAAAUAUGUUGUUGGCUAAAGGCUGAGGCGACAAUAGGUGAAAAAGGUGGACACCAAAGUUUAAAACAAAGAGUCCAGAGCUGAUUAAUAAUAGUAAUAAUAAUCUUUUAGGGGGAUAUUUGAUAGAUGUGUUUGCGACAGCAGCCAACAUUCCUGCGGAUCCUAAAACCCUUUGUUUUGUGCGCAGGAGCCGGACUCGACUAUUAAAAACGAUUAACUAUGCAGUAAACAGCCUCGAAAUGAUGGCCUGGGUCUGAUUUUCUAUUUAAUGAGAUUAUAAGGCCUUUGUUGUCGACAGAAAACUGGCAGAAAAAAAAAGAGCCGAGGCCUUGUGUACAGAUAUGCGAGCUGUGCCACAUAGCAGGCGUUAUUCAUCAAACACAAAUGUCGUUUUUUAUGUCAAAUUGAAGGGCUGGAGGUCGCCUAUGUUGUUAAUCUGAUCAGUAAAACUGUGUUUUUUCUCCGUCUACUGCCAAACCGUCGCUGUUGUGUAUGUAUAAUUGAAUUGCUGGUGGAGGCUCCUUGGAUACUUAUUUAUGAUUCAGCGGACAAAAGCAUUGCGCUGCGUUGUGGUUAUUGAGGGAUUCAAGCGUCCUUGAGGUCAGAUUCAACACAUUCAGGUUUAAAAGCUGUGCGUGUGUGUGUGUAUGUGUAUAUGUGUGUGUGUGAACAGUAAUCAGGGUGUGGACUGGAGCAGUCCUUUUCUCGUGGUUUUCAUGCUUCGUUUGUUGGUCUGAAUUGGUCCUCAGUCAAUCAUAAUCCGACGCUGAAGUCAAGGAAGCUCUUCAAGACUCAUUUUGAGAGUGUCAGGUUUCCUGUGCUGAGGACAGAGAGUCAUAGAAGUGGAGAACAGAGUUAGUGUAUGCCUGCCCGCACCAUGAUGGCCUCUGACAUGGCUGAGACGUGGAGGAACUGUUUUGAGGAGGAGCUCAUCUGCCCCAUCUGCCUGCACGUGUUCUCAGAUCCCAUCCAGCUGCCCUGCAAGCACAACUUCUGCCGGGGCUGCAUCAGCGAGGCCUGGGCCAAAGACUCCUCGCUGGCCCGCUGCCCUGAGUGCAAUCAUGCUUACACGCAGAAGCCCAGCCUGGAGAAGAACCACAAACUGUCCAACAUAGUCGAGAAGUACAACGCCCUGAGCGUGGAGAAGGCCACCACGCCGGCGUUGCAGUGCAUCUUGUGCCGCCGUGGCCCACCACUCCCUGCAGUGAAAGUCUGCCUGCGCUGCAACGCCCCGUGCUGCCAGUCCCACAUCCAGACACACCUGCAGCAGCCGUGCUCAGCCCUGGGGCACCUGUUGGUGGAGGCGGAGGCGGUGAAGGCCUGGACCUGCCCUCAGCAUGACGAGUACAGGCUGUACCACUGCGAGGCUGAACAGACGGCGGUGUGUCAGUACUGCUGCUUCGCCCGCUGCCACCCCAGCCACGGCCACGCCGUCACUGACGUGGAGCUGCGGCGCAACGACAUAAGACAAAGCCUGUUGAGACAGCAGGAGCGCGUGGAGGAACGAGUGCAGGAGAUCGAGGAACAGCUUUGCAAACUAGACUCUGACAAGUGUGUGGUCGAGGACAGGGUGUGUGAGCUGAAAGAGGAGGUGCGUUUGCAGUACCAGCGGAUGCAUCAGCUCUUGGAGGAGGAUCUCGGUCGGACACUGGAGGCUCUGGAGCGGGCUCAGGCUCGGUUCUGCCAGGACAACGCCGCCCAGGUUCUAGCUCUGGGAGAGCAGCGCCAUGAGGCCCAGAAGCUGCUGAGCUCCAUCCACACAGCCUUCAGUAAGGCAGAGGAACUGAGCUUCAUGAAAAACACCAAGCCUGUUAAAAUCCUCACAGACAGGUCUCAGGCAUGUGUGGGAAGCAGUCUGCCUCCUUACAAAGUGGGGAAUCUAAACUCAAAGCUGUUCCUUUCUGAAAUCUCCAAAAGAGAGAAGAGCUUGAAGAGAACGCUGGAAGCUCCCCUCACCCCUCCCUCGACCUUCCUGCAGUCUGUUCCUGCUUAUCCCAGCGGUCAGAGCUCUGCCUCUGGAGCAGAGAAACGGAAACAUUCCACUGCCUUCCCAGAGGGAAACGGGAACGUCGGAAAAAACACCACUCUGGGUUUCAAAGACUCCUCCUCCUCUUCCUCAUCUUCUUCCUCAUCGUUAGCUAAGCAGCCCUACCUGGGCUCAGGCUCUGCCUCUGGAGAAGGCCAGUCCACCAAUCAGCAACCUCUCGGCCCCUGCGGCCCACCUCACAUCAGCGAGAGCGGCGGGGCAGGAAGCGGAAGCGGCUCGCUGACCAACCACCACUCUGGUUCCGUGUUCGGCUCCUCACACUUUCCUCCCGGCGGCAGCAGCUCCUCUCACUCCUCCCAGCAGGCGGUGCUGCCACAAUACGGCGGCCGUAAGAUCCUGGUGUGUACGAUGGAUAACUGCUACUGCUCCGGAGUGCCCUCGGUGUCGGGCCACCGCAGUCAUCCCCCGUACCCGCGCUCGGGCUCUUUCCCCUGGGUCAGCGCCCAAGACUACCCUCCGCCUCCUGGCCUGGCCUCUGGAGGUCCGUCCAUGCAGGGCUUGGCAGUGAGGGACUGGAUAGACGCCUCACAGACACACAGACAUGCAGAUUUCUACGGGCUGUAUGGGCAGCCAUCUACAAAGCACUACGUCACCAGUUAACAGAGUAGACACACACACACACACAUACACACACACUUGGAUAUAGAGACAGGCACCAAAAUAGCACACCUUUACUGACUUCAUUACCGGAAAAAACACAUCAAUACUCUCUGAUAAUGCAGUUAUAGUCUACACACACUUAAAUUAAUGUUUAUAUCCACACACACACACACACACACACACACACACAGAUCUAGAACAUGUACACACAUUCGGGGGCAGGGUUGAUCUCUUUGUGUUUUUAUUUUUUUAUUUUCUUUAUUUUCGGUCAGUGUUUCAUGUAGUGUAUUAUACGUAAAAUGCAUAUACAGCCAACCGCUCACUCUUGGCACAACUCAGCUCAGUGUUUUACACGUUAAAAGACACAGAGGAGGGGCUGAAGACGUCCGGAUGAGAUGCAUCUUUUUAUUUAUAGAGCAGGAGACGAAUUGAUAGAAAAUGAACUUUUUAUUAGAAAAUCUUUCAUGCCUCUUCAAGGCUUCUCACUGAGGCUCGAGGGAAAAGAGAUAAUACCGUGCAGUGUUGAGCUUUCCAGUUUAGCGUCUCAUGUUUCUCUGAUAUAAUCACCCCUCCAGUUGUACUGAGGUCAAUUGCCUUAUGUUAUUAGCAUCAUAUUUUUCUCAGCCCAGCUGACUUACUUUGAUAGAUCCUUUAAAGAGGGACCACGGUCCCUUUGUGUCUCUUGAUGUUCUUUUUUUUUUUUCUCGUCAUGGCACUUCCUUUCUUUGCUGAGUUCAGGGAUGGAUAGUACGGCUUGAACACAAAACGCUCUUCCAUGGAACACCCACAAUGCACUUGUGGACGCCUUGUUAUGCCUGGACUACAGAUGCUGAACCACAGAGGGACACUAGAGCUGCGUCCAAAGGGCCGGUUGACCCUGACCCUCUGAGUUUUUGGGGAAUUCAACCCUUAUUCCUAGCACUCUUGUUUCUGGAGUGAGGAUCCAGUCCUCCCUUCAUGCUGCCAGGCUUCCCACAGGACAGAAAAUCUUCUGACAAAGACUGUUUCCAUUUAGUAAUGACUAUGACUUUGUGUUAUUUGGUACAUCCGUAGGUUUCAUGCUUGUCUUGAGAGACUCUUUGAUUGUUGAGAAAAAGGCAAAACUGGACAGACCAAACCAAUCAAGCAUCUGGAGGAUCUGAUGAUGCUGUAAUUGUACUUCCUGCAGGGCAAAGAUGUCACUUCCUCUCAAUAAGCACACAAGCUCUUGGCUUCCUGUUUGCAGCUGUAAGCAUGCAAGGAAGAGUUUUUUAAGCACUCAAAAGAAGAACAAUAGGGGAAAAAAACUGUAUGCAGUUUUAAAAAAGAGUGUAUGGAAGAAAAAAAAAAAGGGUGGGAGGAUUUUUUUUUUUUUUCAUGAACUUUUUCUAAAAGACUGGACUGCGAGAUGUAAGCAAUGGUCAUCAUCCUAAAAAGGAGCCGUUACAACAGACAUAAAGAUAGAAAAAAAAGAAAAAAAAACGACAUAAAAGUAUCUUUUUUUGUAAAUAUUUUGUGAAAUGGAAAAAUUACAGACGUGAUUUGGAGGAGGGUUCCAAAUAAACGAACAAAUUUAAA